GCAGUGGCAGUGGCAUCGGCCACCGCCGAGAGAAGGCAGCCAAAGGAGCAGCUCUGGAGAAUGAUUGAAGAUAGUGGGAAAAGAGGAAAUACCAUGGCAGAAAGAAGACAGCUAUUUGCAGAAAUGAGAGCCCAAGAUUUGGAUCGCAUCCGAUUAUCUACGUACAGAACAGCAUGCAAGCUUAGAUUUGUUCAGAAGAAAUGCAAUUUACAUCUGGUGGACAUUUGGAACGUCAUUGAAGCUCUGAGAGAAAAUGCUCUGAACAACUUGGACCCAAAUAUAGAACUAAAUGUGGCCCGCCUGGAAGCUGUGCUUUCAACCAUUUUUUACCAGCUCAACAAAAGGAUGCCAACCACUCACCAGAUCCAUGUGGAACAGUCUAUCAGUUUACUGCUCAACUUCCUGCUUGCAGCUUUUGAUCCGGAAGGCCAUGGUAAAAUUUCAGUAUUUGCUGUCAAAAUGGCAUUAGCUACUCUAUGUGGAGGAAAGAUCAUGGACAAGUUAAGAUAUAUUUUCUCGAUGAUUUCUGACUCCAGUGGAGUAAUGGUUUACGGGCGAUAUGACCUAUUCCUACGGGAAGUCCUCAAACUUCCUACUGCUGUAUUCGAAGGUCCCUCAUUUGGUUAUACAGAGCAGUCGGCCCGAUCCUGUUUCUCCCAACAGAAAAAAGUCACUUUGAAUGCUUUCUUGGACACACUUAUGUCUGAUCCCCCACCUCAGUGUCUGGUCUGGUUACCACUUCUUCAUCGACUGGCAAAUGUAGAAAAUGUCUUCCACCCCGUUGAGUGUUCCUAUUGCCACAGUGAGAGCAUGAUGGGAUUUCGCUAUCGAUGCCAACAGUGUCACAAUUACCAGCUCUGUCAGGACUGCUUCUGGAGGGGACAUGCCAGUGGUUCCCAUAGCAACCAGCACCAAAUGAAAGAGUACACGUCAUGGAAGUCACCUGCUAAGAAGUUAACAAAUGCACUAAGCAAGUCUCUGAGUUGUGCUUCCAGCCGUGAACCUUUGCACCCCAUGUUUCCUGAUCAGCCUGAAAAACCACUGAACCUGGCUCACAUUGUGCCUCCUAGACCUGUAACCAGCAUGAAUGACACACUCUUCUCCCACUCUGUACCCUCCUCAGGAAGUCCUUUCAUAACCAGAAGGUUACUUGAGGGUGUAAGUGCAGCCAGUCCAGUGGCUGAUGAGCAUUCUCUCAUAAAGCUGUAUGUAAAUCAGCUUCACAACAACUCACGCUCUUCUCACAAGAAUACUGAAGUAGAGCAGAGCAAACUGCUGGCUAGGGCUGCUCCAAUUUUUCUGAAGGGCAAAGGGUUACACUACAGCCUGGAUGUUGCAGACAGGCUGGCUGAUGAACAUGUUCUCAUCGGGUUGUAUGUCAACAUGCUUCAGAGCAACCCCUCACGCAUGCUCGAUAGCCCAAACCGUCUUGAUGAGGAGCACAGGCUGAUUGCCAGAUAUGCAGCAAGACUGGCAGCAGAGACAUCCUCAACUCAGCCUAGUCAGCAAAGGGGUGCUUCUGAUAUUUCUUUCACCAUUGAUGCAAAUAAACAACAAAGGCAGCUGAUUGCAGAACUUGAAAACAAGAACAGAGAAAUCUUACAAGAGAUCCAGAGGCUACGGCUGGAGCAUGAACAGGCUUCUCAGCCUACCCCAGAGAAGGCCCAACAGAAUCCUACUCUCCUGGCAGAGCUUCGUCUUCUCAGACAACGCAAGGAUGAGUUAGAACAGAGGAUGUCUGCUCUGCAGGAGAGCCGGAGAGAACUGAUGGUCCAGUUAGAAGGUCUCAUGAAGCUCCUAAAGGAAGAAGAACUGAAACAGGGAACUCAAGGGGCAGGCUCUCCACGUUCUUCUCCAAGUCACACAAUAAGCAGACCUAUUCCUAUGCCCAUCAGAUCAGCGUCUGCUUGCUCUACCCCAACUCAUACACCUCAGGACUCUCUGACAGGGGUAGGAGGAGAUGUACAAGAAGCCUUUGCUCAAAGUACAAGGAGAAAUUUAAGGAAUGACUUGCUUGUGGCAGCAGACUCCAUCACCAAUACCAUGUCCUCUCUGGUGAAGGAGUUAAACUCUGAGGUGGGGAGUGAGACAGAGAGUAACGUGGAUUCUGAAUUUGGGCGGACCCAAUUUGAUGACCUGGUUCCAUCACCCACUUCAGAAAAAGCUUUCCUUGCACAAAUCCAUGCCAGAAAACCUGGCUACCUUCAUAGUGGAGCCGCCACUGGCACCAUGCGCAGUGAUAUGGUUACAGAAGAUGGGGACCCCUAUGUGAGGACUGAGGAUGAAAAUUACGAAAAUGACUCUGUUCGUCAGUUGGAAAAUGAACUCAAAAUGGAGGAAUAUCUGAAGCAGAAACUACAGGACGAAGCUUACCAGGCAAGCUACAGUCAGACAGAUGAUGAAAGUUAUGUGAAAACAGAUGAUGACGAUGAAAGCUGCAUCCAGACAGAGGAAGAAGACAACACACUGGCCACCAACCUCACCGAAGAAUGGAACCAACAUGUAGGGCAGCUCUUGACGAGAAACCCCAACCCCUGACCAUGUCCGCCUGCUGAAUGUAGCACUGCUAACCUUUGUUCUGAGAAUUGUAGUUUGUAGGUGUGUGUUUUUGAGACAAAAAAAAAAAAGACUUUUGUUUAAAGUUAACUUAAUCAGCUGCAUCUUCUGUCACAUGACUCAUCACCGAUGACAAACCCCCGGCUGAAACAGCGCUGCUGUUCCAACGAUGGCAGUAUUAACAAAACAUUUUAAACCUUUGCACAUGAUGUUGAACCUGUUCAGUUUACAAUGAUGAUAUUAAUACUGUUUAUAGCUAG